ACCGAGCUCAGUCACUAUCCGAACAGCGACUUCGGUUGGACUUAAGUCGUUUGCACACGCGCUGUGUUGUUCGGCGACUUCGCCACCCGGUCCGACUACGACGCGAUUCCAACCCCCGAAAUACGAUUUUGUGACUUAAAACGGCUGCGAUAAUGAGUUGAACGCGCGAAUAUGUGAUUGUGCAGUGCCGUUACAGUAGAAUUCUGAUGAUUUCGUUGUGAAUCUGUGCGAUUGGAAGCGUUGUUGUUUGCUGCUGCAGUGUUUAUAUACGAGGAGCCAGUUUCUACGCUCACUUUGGAUUAUUACGUCUUCUGCGUUGCGGCAGGAGUUUUCAGUGGAUACGGCCAGCAGAUACACGGUGUUUUCCUAGGAUGUUGAAACCGCCCCGAUGAUGGUCUACCUCUUCACGAUCAUGCUGUGGCUCAGCCUGCUGCUCGUCUGGGCCUCAGCGGGAGCCGAACACAUAAGGAACCUCGAGAUAUCCGAAGGAGCCCCCAUAGGCACCCGCAUAGGCUUCAUCGGAGACGGAGCCUCGGACUCCGGACCGCCCUACCUGAUAGUACCGGUGGGCAGCGCGGUGGAGACCGACCUCAACAUCGACCAGAACACCGGCGAGAUCCGCACCAAGGUCCAACUGGACCGAGAAACGAGGAACAGCUACUCCCUGGUGGCCAUACCGCUGAGCGGGGACAACGUCAAGGUCAUUGUGAAGGUUCUGGAUGAGAACGAUAACGCCCCCACUUUUCCGACGAAGGUUAUGAAUAUCGAGUUCUCGGAAAACACGCCCAAGGAUGUUAAGAGGACCUUGAAUCCUGCGAAGGAUCUGGAUUUGGACCUGUAUAAUACCCAGCGUUACAAUAUAGUUUCCGGGAAUGUUAAUAACGCUUUUAGAUUGUCUUCGCAUAGGGAAAGAGAUGGGGUGCUGUAUCUGGAUCUGCAGAUUAACGGGUAUUUGGACAGGGAAACUGUGCCUACGUACUGCUUGGUCAUUGAGGCUUUAGAUGGUGGAACACCGCCUUUGAGAGGGGAGAUGACGGUCAAUAUAACCAUACAAGAUGUCAAUGAUAAUCAGCCGGUGUUUAAUCAAACCAGGUACUUCGCCACAGUUCCAGAGAACGCUACCAUAGGUACCAGCGUGUUGAGGGUGUUCGCCAGCGAUAACGAUUCAGGGGAAAACGGACAAAUCGAAUAUUCCAUCAACAGGAGGCAGAGCGACCGCGACAACAUGUUCAAGAUCGACCCAACCACCGGCCUGGUGACCGUGAACAAACCCUUGGACUUCGAGACGAAGGAACUGCACGAACUGGUGAUCGUGGCCAGGGACCACGGCUUGCAACCGCUGGAAACCACGACGUUCGUCUCCAUCAAGGUCACGGACGUCAACGACAACCAGCCGAUCAUCAACGUGAUCUUCCUGAGCGACGACGCCACCCCCAAGAUAAGCGAAUCGGCGAAGGAGGGCGACUUCGUGGCCAGGAUAUCGGUUAACGAUCCCGACUCCAAGACAGAGUACUCAAACGUCAACGUCACCCUCAGCGGGGGAAACGGCAGGUUCGGCCUGACCACGCGCGACAACAUCAUCUACCUGAUGAUCGUCUCCAUGCCCCUGGACAGGGAGAUGCAGCCCAAUUACACCCUCAAGGUGGUGGCCACGGACCAGGGGAACCCCCCGCUGCACGCGUCCAAGAUCUUCAACCUCCAGGUGACGGACAUAAACGACAAUCCGCCGAAAUUCGAACGCGACGUCUACCACGCGAACGUGAUGGAGGUGUCGGAUCCCGGCACCAGCGUCGUCCAGGUGCUGGCCAGCGACGUGGACGAGGGCGACAACAGUGCGGUGCUGUACACGCUCAGGGAUUCCCCGGAAACGCAUUCGUCGUGGUUCCAGAUCGAUCCGCGUAGUGGCCUGAUAACGACAAGAGUGAAUGUGGAUUGUGAGACGGACCCGGUGCCGCAGCUGACGGUGGUGGCGACCGACAACGGGUUCCCGCCGUUGUCGUCGACCGCCAAAGUGCUGGUGACGAUACACGACGUCAACGACAACGAGCCGAUCUUCGAUCAGAGCUUCUACAACGUGACCGUGGCUGAGAACGAGGCUGUUGGACGCUGUAUAUUCAAGAUAUCUGCGACAGAUCCUGACUGCGGCGUUAACGCCAUGGUCAAUUACACCAUCGGUGAUGGUUUUGGAAAAUUGAAAGAGUUCGAAGUUAGGUCCUCCACUGGGGAAAUAUGCAUUGGCAAGGAGUUGGAUUAUGAGACGAGAAAUUCCUAUGAAUUUCCAGUUGUCGCUACAGAUAGAGGUGGACUCAGCACGACGGCCAUGGUCAAAAUCCAGAUCACAGACAUCGACGACAACCGACCGGUCUUCUACCCCAGAGAGUACAACGUGUCCCUCCGGGAGGGCGACAGCUCCUUCUCGGCCAACUCCCCGGUAGUCGUGGUCGUGGCCACGGACGCCGACUCUGGCCGAUUCGGCCAGUUGACCUACAAAAUCUCGGCCGGAAACGACGCUGGACUCUUCAGGAUCGACAGGCACACCGGCGAGAUAUUCGUCAACCGCCCGGGUUCGCUGUCCAGGAGGAACCUACCCUACCACCACCUGAACAUCAGCGCCACCGACGGGGCCGAUCUCAAGUCGGCGACGGACGCGGAAGUGUUCAUUUCUGUGAUCGAUUCGGCACAGAGGCCGCCCAUCUUCGAGAGGGCGAGGUACACGUUUUCCGUGUCCGAAAAUGUGGAGAAGGACACCCUUGUCGGCAACGUGACGGCCAAAGUUUCAGGCGCAGAUACGAGAGGCAACGUGAGAUACUCCAUUUACUCAGGUGAUCCAGAUCAAUUCUUCAAAAUAGGAACAUUUUCUGGGGUUAUAAGGACGGCGAAUUUUCUGGACCACGAAACUAAAUCGAAUGUCCUGCUGAAUAUACAAGCAACUAGCGGAGAUCCUCCUGUCUAUGGUCACACCCAGGUCAACAUCGAGGUAGAGGACGUGAACGACAACGCUCCAGAGUUCGAGUCCAACACGGUCCGGAUAGCCGUUCCAGAGAACGUCGACGUGGGAGUGCCCAUCUACUCGGCCCAGGCGUACGACCGGGAUAGCGGCCAGAAUGGCGUCAUAAGAUACAGGAUAGUCAACCAGGCGACCGGCGGUGGUCUGUUCGAGAUCGAUCCGAGACUCGGACAUCUAACUUUGACGCGGCAUCUCGAUUACGAGAUGACGCAGAGGCAUACGAUCGUCGUUACGGCAACGGACAGUGGAAGCCCGCCAUUGUCUGCAAAUUUGACCGUUUUCGUGGAUGUGCAAGACUUCAACGACAACCCGCCAGUGUUCGAGAGGAAUGAUUAUGAGGUUCAGGUCUCAGAGGGAAUGCCGGUCAAUUCUCAGAUCCUCCAAGUGGUUGCAGUGGACCUAGAUACCGGCAACAACGCAAGACUCACGUAUCGACUAACACACCAGAACAAUUCAGUUCUAGCAAGCAAAAUUUUCGGUAUUUUCCCAAACAGCGGCUGGAUAUACCUCCGGGAAACCCUAGACAGGGAGACUGAGAACAAGUUCAACCUUAUAGUGGCUGCAACAGACAACGGUACUCCUCCCCAAACCGCAACUGCCAGAGUAACGGUGGACGUUUUGGACACCAACGACAACAGCCCCGUUUUCGUCAAGAAGUCUUACGAGUUCAGAAUAGAAGAAAAUCAACCUAGAAGUACCUUCGUUGGUACCGUCUCAGCCAAAGAUGCCGAUUCUGAUUCGAACGCUGUUGUUAGAUACAACAUCAUCCCGAGCAAUACGAGCUUCCAGAUCAACAGCAUAACAGGACAAAUCUUCACGCGAGCGACGCUGGACCGCGAGGCUAAAGAAUCCUACGAGAUUAUAGUCGAGGCUAAAGACCAGGGAUCCCCCUCCAGAUCUUCGAGGGUCCCCAUCAAGAUCCAAGUCUUGGACGUCAACGACAACGCGCCGGAAAUAGUGGACCCGCAGGAGGACGUGGUGAGCGUGCGCGAAGAGCAAUCCCCCGGAACGGAAGUGGUUAAGGUCAGGGCGGUCGACGCCGAUCUCGGAGAGAACGCCUCCAUCGCCUACUCUAUACUCAAGGAGAAGGAUUCGGAAGGUUACGAAGUGUUCACGAUCGACCCCAUCUCGGGGGUGAUAAGAACUAGGGUGACCUUGGACCACGAGGAGCGGACGAUCUAUAGGCUGACCGUUGCUGCUACCGAUGGGGGACAGCCUCCCAAGCAGAGCGUGAGGAAAUUGAGGGUUGGCGUGUUGGAUUUGAACGACAACAGGCCGACUUUCACCAGUUCUAGCUUGAGUUUCAAGGUUCCCGAAAACUCAGGCGUUGGUCACGUCGUAGGAUCAGUGGCCAUUUCAGAAUCGUUCGACCAGGAAAACGCCAUCUCCGGAAGCACGGGAGGUCACGUGACAUACACCUUGACGUCCUGCCUCAACGACCAAGUAAAAGGCGCCUUCGACAUAGACAGGACCACGGGUUUCCUGAUAGUCGCCAAGGAACUGGACAGGGAGAUGCAGUCCAAGUAUCAGCUGGAGAUAAGAGCGCUAGAUACGAGCUCCGUGGAUAACCCCCAGAGCAGCGCGAUAACCGUAACCAUAGAGAUCGAAGACGUCAACGAUAACUACCCCAAAUGGCCGAUGGAUCCUAUCUCGGUAACCGUCGACGAAAACGCCGACGUCGAAUCGGUCAUCCACAAUCUGUCGGCGUUCGAUCCGGACAGCGGCAGUAACGGUAACGUCAGGUACACUCUGGCGAAGCAGGAACCGGAUUCUUCGACGUUUCUGGUCGAUUCCCUCACCGGACACCUGAUCCUGAACAAACGCCUGGACUACGAGGACGUCAGGGAGUAUUUUUUAGUGGUCGUGGCCACGGAUCAGUGCCUGAACAAGACGGAACGGCUGAGCUCCUCGGUUACCGUCAGGGUAUCGGUGAAGGACGUCAACGAUAACGCGCCGAGAUUCGUGCAUCCCUUGAAACAGUCGAUCGUCAUGGACCACGGCAUCACUGUGGGUAUGACCGUCACUCAGGUGGUAGCCACCGACGAAGAUUCUGGAGAGAAUGGACGGGUUACCUACGUCCUAUCCGAUAAGAAACGCGAUGGGUUAUUUUCUUUGGGAUACGAUACUGGCGUUCUCACGAUCGUUAAACCGCUCAAGGAUUACCAGAAGACUUACUCCGUUAAUGUGACGGCAUCCGACCAGGGUAAUCCGCCGAAACGGGCUCAUAUGGAGUUGAAACUCAGCUCGGAGGAUGCCGAAGAUACUAGUCCUAAGUUCGCCAACUCCGUUUUUAAAGCCAGCGUUUCUGAAGAUGCCGCCAUAGGUACCUACGUCACUAGAGUGACUGUCUCUGGAUCUUCCACAAAUGAUGCUAACUUGACCUUCUACUUGCCUUCCGAGAUAGCAGAAGGUGCUUUCACCAUGGAUGCCGAGGGAAAGAUAACCGUUGCAGAUUUCCUGAACCGAGAACGCAAGGACGUUUACAACUUGCCAGUUUACAUCAUAGACUCCUCGAAAUCUUCCACCACCCUCUUCGAUGUGGCCGUGGUCCUGAUAAAGAUACUGGACGUGAACAACCACGCGCCCCAGUUCAAGAACGGCGCCUGUUAUCGCUUGUACAUCCCCGAGAACAACGAGUACGGCGUCGUUCACACCGCGACGGCCGCCGACGUCGACGAAGGCCCGAACGGUGAGAUAACGUACGCCAUCAGCGGAGGAAACGUCGGGAACAAGUUCAGCAUCGACGCGAAGACGGGAGAUCUGUCGGCCAAGUCCUUGGACCGCGAGACUUUCUCCAGGUAUCAUCUGACGAUCGUAGCUCAGGACAGGGGCAAUCCUCAACUUCAGGGUUAUUGCAACCUGACGAUCUCGGUAGAGGACCAGAACGACAACGAUCCCAAGUUCGACGAGGCGAAGUACUCCAGGUCGAUCAGGGAGGAUAUUUCACCGGAUACGUCGAUUCUUAGGGUGCACGCUUCGGAUUCCGAUAUAGGGUUCAACAGCAGAAUCAUCUACUCGCUGGCCAACGAGAGUCAAUGGUUGUUUCGUAUCGAUAACAAGAGUGGGGUCAUCUACACUGCAGGAUUUUUCGACAGGGAAGUGAGGAGCGUCUACAAGUUCCUAGUAGUGGCGACAGACUCCGGCAAAUACAACGCUCGAUCGACCAAAGUCCCAGUAACAAUCUUCAUCGAAGACGUGAACGACAACAAGCCUAUCUUCAUCAAAUACCCCUUCAGGGAAAAAGUAUCCGCCUAUAUACAACCGGGUCAGCCUAUCGUCACGAUACAAGCCAAAGAUUCCGACGUGGGUAACAACGCGGAAAUAGUGUACAGCAUACCCCAAGGCCACGGGCACGCAAAAUUUCGCAUAAAUCCAAGUAACGGCAUCCUGACGGCCACCCAAAGUUUGGCGAGCGAAAACGGCCAGAUAAUCUACAUAGAAGUCGUGGCCACGGAUAAGGGCAACCCCUCCAGGAGCACCUCGGGUCUGGUGGAGAUCACCGUCGGCGACAUCCCCGAAGAAUCCCCCAAACUCCUAUUCCCGACGAACAGAUACGAUAUAACCCUGACGGAGAACACCGAGGAACACCAGCACGUGACCCAAGUGGCCGCAGUACGAACCGACGGAAGAAGACAGAAAAUCACGUACUCCUUCGGCACCGGAAACGAGGAGAACAUCUUCAGCAUCAACAGCGACAACGGCUACAUCCAGGUGAACGACUCUAAGCUGUUGGAUUUCGAGAAACACCAUUCCGUUCAUCUGGUAGUCGAGGCGAAAACCGACGGGUAUCCGGCUCUUCGUAGCUACUGCGACGUGGUGGUCAACCUUACCGAUCAGAACGACAACGCGCCGAGAUUCUCCCAAGAGCUCUACACGGCUUCGGUCUGGGAAGAAAACAACAAAGGUUCCUUCGUUGUCCAGGUGGUAGCCUUAGACGACGACGGAGGUCAAAACUCGAGGAUCAGGUAUCACAUAGUGGACGGCAACAAGGACAACGCCUUCAAGAUCGAACCGGCCUUCAGCGGCGUCCUGAAGACCAACAUAGCCCUGGACAGGGAAAUCAGGGAUUCCUACAGACUGACGGUGAUCGCGACCGACGAGGGCAUACCCCAGAUGACGGGAACGGCGAAGAUCAAGAUCAACAUAUUGGACGUGAACGACAACCAUCCGACGUUUCCGAAACCGAAGACUAUCCUGGUGGCGGAAGACGCUAAUCUGGGAAACGUCCUGACCACCGUGUCCGCCAACGACGUCGAUCUGUACCCCUCGCUCACGUACAAGUUUUCCGAGGACAACGGCGUAGAGAUAAACGAGCAUUUCAGCAUAGAUAAGUACAGCGGAAAGGUGACGCUGAGGAAGGAGCUGGAUUACGAGACCAGGCAGGAGUUCACGAUGAAGAUUUUGGCCUCGGAUUCCGUACAUGUUGCGGUUACCACCUUGACGAUCAGAGUGACUGAUGUUAACGAUAACGCACCGGUUUUUUCGCAGAACACGUACACGGCAGCAUCACCUGAUUACUCCAGUGGAACUCCCUUAGAUCUAAUCCAUUUCAAUGCGACCGACGACGAUUCCGAGGAAAACGCGCAGAUAAAAUACAGCAUAGUCGGAGAUUCCCAUGGAUUCACCAUCAGUUCCAGUGGCGUCCUCCAAGCCAACUUCACCAACUUUUCGAAAAUAACGGAGGAUAUCUAUCUGAUCGUGAAGGCCGAAGAUUCCGGAAAAAUCCCCCUGCACUCUCUCACCUCUGUCAGGAUAAAAUCAAGCGGUUCGAUGCUGGACGUUGGACUGAAUAAAAAAGAGCACAGACUCAAUGUAGCGGAAAAUGUCAGCAGAGGCACCAUAAUUCUCAAGUUACCAUCGUCGAGCGCUCGGGAAUCCCUUUCAUACGCAAUCGUGCAAGGAAACGAAGAAGGCAACUUCGAAAUCGUACCCAGUCCAUCCAACUUGAUCCUCGCGAAACCUCUGGAUAGGGAGACGAAAAACUUCCAUCACCUCAAGAUAUCGAACGGCGAAGAGGAAAGUGUAUCCGUCAUGGACGUAUUCAUAACUGUCGAAGACUCCAAUGAUAACCCUCCAAUCUUCAAGAACGAACCUUUCAAAAUCAACAUACCGGAGAAUACACCUCAAGGCUCCUCAAUCGCCACAGUUACAGCAACAGAUGCCGAUCAAGCGGGCACGCCAAAUUCAGAGAUUACAUAUGAAAUCACAUCGGGAAAUGACGAUUCAUGCUUUGUCCUGGAAGAAUCCUCUGGCGUUUUGAAGAUCAACAAAUCGUUGGACUAUGACAGUGGGAAACAACAGUACCAACUCAUCGUGAAGGCUUGUGACAAAGGAACGAAACCGUUCUGUUCGUUCACGACUUUCAGGGUUGAUUUGGAGGAUAGUAAUGACAACAUACCGAAAUUUCCGGUUACAGAAUACCUGGAGUUUAUCGGAGAGAACGAACCUGUUGGUACAGCUAUCUUUACCGCGCAAGCGUCAGAUAUGGAUAAGGGCGUUUAUGGCUACCUCAAUUACUCCCUUGCUAGCUUACCGUCCAGCAACGAUGACUCGUUCAAGAUGUUCCACAUCGAUUCAGCGUCAGGUCUCGUCGUGACCAAUUCCGUCUUCGACUACGAACAAAGAAGCAGAUACGUUUUCAUGGUGAAAGUGACAGACAGCGGUGGUUUAUCCAAUUCGGUGAAGGUUAGAGUGGAAAUCGAGGGUAAAGAUGAAUUUUACCCCCAGUUCACCGAGAAAACCUACAGAUUCACCCUGGCAACUUCGGUCAAUCUUCCAGUGGGUUUCAUCGUUGGAUAUUUACAAGCUACUGAUAGGGAUAAAGGAGCUGAUGGGAGAGUCGUUUAUCAACUAACCACCCAACAUAACUUCUUCAAGGUGAAUAGAACCACUGGCGCUGUGCUGAUAAAGAAGAAAUUGGACAGUUCAGACUCGCAGGAUUUGGGUCGAGAAGUCAGUUUGGUGGUCUCGGCCAGCUCAGGACGUCAGGGUUCACUGACCAAUAUGUCGGUUGUGGAAAUAAUUCUAGACCCACUGGCCGAUCCGGGCACCAACUUGGCCAUAAACAGAAAGGGUGGAUCCAACGUGGCGACAGCGGAAGAUGGCGCUUUCAACUGGGCCAUAGCGUUAUUCAUCCUGAUCGUGCUCAUCCUGAUGACCUUCGGCGCGGUGUUCGUCUAUCUUCACAUGAGAAAUAAAAGGAACAAGGGUGGAAACAAGUCGCAUCUGAACUCCGAAUCGGCGAACACCUCCAACAACUACGUGGACCCUUCGGCGUUCGACACGAUACCCAUAAGGAACCUCGGAAACAGCGCCAACAACCCUAAUCAAUUCGCACCGCCGAAAUACGACGAGAUCCCGCCUUAUGGCGGGGCUCAUCCGGCCAGUUCGAACUCCGGAGCCGCCACAACUUCAGAAUUAUCAGGUUCGGAACAGUCGGGGUCAAGUGGAAGAGGAUCGGCGGAAGACGGAGAGGAUGGCGAAGACGAAGAGAUCAGGAUGAUAAACGAAGGACCGCUGCAGAGGGACCCGAGGAUGAUGCAUCAAAACGACGACGACAACCUAUCAGACAUGUCGGUUAGAAACACCCAAGAAUAUUUGGCGAGAUUGGGAAUCGUCAACAACAACAGUAACGCAGCCGCCCAAGCAGCAACGAGAUUGUGUUCGGAUCCCAGAGCCGGAAGUAGCAAGGAGACGGUGCAUCAUCACCCCUCUGUUCCCCUGGACAGCCUGAACAUCUACGACGAGGAAACGAACAACGACCACGACAUCAGCAACUUUUACGCCAAGUUGAACGACGUGGCGGGUAGCGACAGGGCCAGCUCGACGGACGAAGGAGGCGGCGUCAAUCCGAGUCUAGGGAAUCCGAUGGACCACGUUAUAGCUUUAGCCUCCUAUGGAGAAGUUCCCACGGUAACUCAUCAGCCUUCUAUGAAUGGUUCCCUGAGUUCGAUUGUUCACAGCGAAGAAGAACUCGCGGGAAGUUAUAACUGGGACUAUUUGCUGGACUGGGGUCCCCAGUAUCAGCCUUUAGCGCACGUUUUUUCGGAAAUAGCGAGACUCAAAGACGAUACCGCGUCGGUGAAGAGUGGCGCGAGUGGUAAUUCUAGUGUGAAGAGUAAAAAUUCGGUGGCGCUGGCCAAGAACGUUUCGCCGCCGAUGAUAACGAGUGUGGCGCCGAGGGCUAUAACGAUGCCAGUUUUAAGCGGUAGGACUCCUAACCACCACACCGGUGGUCACAACCAAAUGCAUCUAUUACCAAGGUCUCCCAUAAGUCACGAUGCGUCUGGUGCGCCUUUCAGUACAUCGUCAGCGAUGUCCCCGAAUUUCUCGCCGAGCUUAUCGCCUUUAGCGACUAAAUCGCCCAGUAUUUCGCCGUUGGUAGCCCCGGGGCUGACAACAACGCACCACGUCAUGCGACAACCACCUCAGAAUAGAAAUAAAACUAUCGUUGAAACGGAAAUGAGACUUUAGGAACAAUUUUUGUUUGUUUUUCGGCUGUGUAGUAGUUAUGAAAGACAAUUUUUCCAAUGUGUAAUUAUGUAAAUAGUAAUUUUACGAUCCUGCCAUUUCGAGCCAUUCUAAUGCAACCGAUGAAUGUUUGAAUAUUUUUGUAAACUGAUAAGUUAUUCAAUUUUGUAAAUAUGUAAUAUUUUUGUAUGCGAAAUUUUUGUAAGGAGUGUGUCAUCAACUUCAGAUUGAAAAUGUAUUUCUUGAAUUGUUUUACCAAAAUAUCGAAAUAACUUUAGUAUAAACUUAAAAAAAUUUUUUAACAAUGUGAAAAUCUGUGAUUGUGUUGAACACUGCUUAGAUAUAGCCAAAAUCUGUAACAUUUCAUGAACUGAAAUUGAUAUGUAUAAGUGAAUUUUUUUCAGGAUGAAAAUUGUGAAAAUUAUAUGGACAAAAUGAAGAGAAGUGAAUUGAAAUAAUAAAGAAUCAAUCUAU